AGAUCCUGAGAAAGGCAGGGGGUAGGGGGGUGAGACUCUUCACUUAGGAGGCUGGCUGGAGGCCGGAUUUGUCCUCAGUGACUUUGAGAGACUUUAUUGAAGAUCAUCAAGUGGUUUCCUCACGAAAGAGUUGGAUGCACAUCGCUUGUUACCUGUGCCUAUGGAGGGGGGAAAGCUAGUGGACUUUUAACUCCUUCCCGUCCUAAGCAGCUUUAACACUGGCAGAUCAGGAUCACAUAAGGGAAGAGUGGGAUUAACCGUGUAACUGAACCAUGAACGUGUGGGUGCCCGGCUCCUGGUGGCAUGUCCUGCUGUGCCUCUGGGCGCUUCUGGACAAAGGGUAUAGCACGUGGACAUCAGGAGCUCAGUACCGAUAUGCACCAGCACUGCAGCUAAAGCCCAGAGAGUCACCCGCCAGCCCCAAAAGGAACUGGUGCUCCGUGCCUGUCAGCCGGACGGUCUCUUGCCAGGUUCAGAAUGGCACCUUCUUGCAGAGGGUCUACCAGAACUGUCAUUGGGCAGCAGGCUGCUCCGGGGGGAGUUACAGAACAGUUGUCAGACCAACCUACAGACUCAGUUAUAAGACAGUAACAUCUCUGGAAUGGAGGUGCUGCCCAGGAUACAGGGGUCUUAAUUGUGAAGAGGAGACUGGAUCCUUGGCGGAAGUACAGGAAGCUCCCCGGGUCAGCGCCCCGCUCCGGAAAUUGCCCGCUAAGGCAAGGGGCAGCUUCUCAGGAUGUCUGAACUGCAGUCGCAUCCCAGAGAUGAAUGUGCGCCUGAGCUCCCUGGAAGCCAAGGUGGCAAUGAUCUUACAAUCUGAUUCGACUUUAGGGGAGAAGCUUGGGUCUUUUUCUGAUACCUCACAUCUAUGGGGAAGCCAACAAGCCCGAGGUAGCCCUGGAGAGGUGGGAAUAAAGGGGUCGUCCAUGACACAGCAUGCAAAGGGAUCUCACCUUGCCCGAGAUGGUAUUCUUCCAAGGAAUGUCCCUCAUGGGCCAGUAGGGGAUCCUGGAAGCCACGGAUCACCAGGAAUUAAAGGUCCAUCUGGACCUCCAGGUCCACCUGGAUCACCAGGUCCACCAGGACGAGAUGGUGCAGUGGGACCCCCUGGUGAAAGAGGCCCUCCUGGUCCUUCAGGUCCUCCUGCUCCAGUAGUGCAGAGACUAAUGGAUCAAGACAUUUUUAAUUCCAACCGUUUUACAGAAACUGGGAGCCCCCCAGUUCAAGGGCCAAGGGGACCUCCAGGACCUGUAGGGCCACCAGGACCCCAAGGGCUAAUUGGACCCCCGGGGCAAGAGGGAUUACCUGGCCCACCAGGUAAAGAUGGACAAAGAGGAGAAAAGGGAGACAUUGGCCCAGCUGGCCAGCCAGGAGACCCUGGGACCAAAGGUGAAAUGGGUCCUCCCGGACAGAAAGGUGAACCAGGAGAAAGAGGGGAACCUGUGGUCAGCUUAGCCUCCUUUCUCCAGCUUCAAGAACAGCUGGAACUGCUGGUUAGAAGGGUCACUCUGCUUGAGUACAUUAUGUGGCCAGAAACAGAUGCUGGCUCAGGGAGAGAACCUUCCCCAACAGGCACUACUGGCUUCUAUAGGGGCAGGCGCAACGGGCCCUCGCCAUACAGGAUUUUAUCAAUUCAACAUAAUGAGGAUGAGGAGGAUGAGACUUACUGAUGGUUCCAGACAUACUGCUUUUAUCCAAACAACCUUGGAUAUAUCCCUAACCCACCUUCACAUCUUAGUGCCUUUUUACCCUAACAUCAAAGAUGCAACAAUUGGAAGAUGGUUUCUUGGAAUAGAUUAAUACUUAUGCAGCAACAUUUCCAUGGAACAUAUUACAAGAUUGCUCUUGCAGAAAAGUGGGUUAUACAUUUUGUUGUAUUAUUAAUGUAGCCUGUUUCCUUUUAGCACUGAGAUAAAACACAAUUUGCAUAUUCCAUUCCUACAUUCAUUGAAGGCAAUGCUAAUACGUAUUAUAGUACAGUGCUGCAAUAUUACAUUCAACUCAACAAAACCAUAUUUAUUUUUAGUGGGCAUCCAUACAGUACUUGUUGGCCCCAUACUUUUAAUGGUUCCUUUCUCUAAGAAGACACAUUGGCCUUUAUGUUAGCACUUAAAAUGGCAGCAAGAGUUGCCAGCACAAGGGGGUGCUGCUAUGUGAAUGCCACAACAUGAUAAUGAUAGAUCGGUUGUCAUGGUUAUUAUAAGAAGAUACGUACUUUGUUAUAUGUUCUUUACACGUUUUAUUAUUUUAAUCCUCCAUGGAAGGGGAGCACAUUGUAUAAAUAAAAUGAUUUUUUAAAUUGAAA